GAAGUGCAGCAUUGACUCUAUCUCUUCAAUCAUUCUGCAUUUUAUCAUAUAACUUUCUUUGCGAGGUUCCGCAAACGGAUUUUUCAUAUAAUUUUCUCGCUGGUCCAACAUGGUGGACCAGGUUCGUUCAAUGGAGUCCCGCGUAGGGCGAAAAAACCAACGGUAUGGAUCGAAGGGCGAACGGCUCGUGGCCGGCGUCGUCCCAUUAUCAAAAGAUAAAAGCUUAGUGAUGAUGAUUCAGUCAGCUGGUCGAGGUGGUUGGGUGCUUCCGAAAGGCGGAUGGGAGACAGACGAAGCAAGUGCCCAACAGGCGGCUUGCAGAGAAGCCUGGGAAGAAGCCGGAGUAAUUUGCACUGUUCUCCGGGAUUUGGGGACGAUAUCAGACAUGCGUCCUUCGACAAUGCUGACGUCCAAUUCACCAAGAGCCUCAUACCAGUUCUUUGAGGUUACCGUGGAUCGCGAGGAGGACCGAUGGCCUGAAAUGCACAAGCGGAGGCGGCAGUGGGUAACUUAUACCCAGGCUGCAGCCGCACUUGCGAGUCGCCCAGAGCUUUUAGAGGCGUUAAACCGAAGUUCCAUGAAGAGAUAGUGCACCUUGCACUUCUUCAAGCUAGGGCUGGACCUCGCAUGGGCCUCCGGCCCCUCUUUUACGACUUGAUAUGAUGCUCCACCUCAAAAGGAAAAUAUUUGCAUUACCUAUCCCCACAUCAUAUUUAUUUUUGCAUCCCCUUACUCAUCUUUUCUGUUUUUCGGGCUGGUCGGGUGUAUCUGGUGUUCGAGUGGUCCUAUUAUCACAGCGAAAUCGGUUGGCGGCUUGGUGGCUUUUUUGCAUGACACUGGUUUGAUGCGGUUACAGCUAUAGAUCGGCAAUCCCGCGUCACCAUAGAAGCUACGGGAAUGGCUGGUGCAUUGUUGCAGAUGGUUGAAAAGUUCUUGACGUCGCUGAUCGUGAUUUUGCUCAGGUUAUGGGUUGUCUAGGUACCAAGUGAUCUUCGCCCUGGCUUUUCGGAUGAGCGAUUACGGCUUAUUCUGAGAUGUCUACUGUGUUUGAGAAUGUAUGUUCGGCUUUUGCUCAUGCAGCAAUACUUGUCUCGUUGCCGUUUGGGCUGGUCUGGUCUGCAUCCCUGGCUACUAUGUUAGCCUUCGCUUCUUUGGACUCUUGGAUAGUUCAAAUCCACUAGCAUAUGGACUCAGAAAGCAAAAAGAAAGGAUUCUCGGU